AUGCACCAUUUCUCACUGCCCACCACGUUUUGGGACGUCUUCACCUAUGUGCGGCCACAAGUACUGUAUCUUCUACUCAUUUCUUACAUUUCUUGGGCUUUCUUAAUGGCCAGACAAUCCCCAUUCCCGGGUCCAAUUCUAGCCAAGAUGACAGAGAUGUGGAUGGCUAGAUUUGACAUCAAAGGGAAACGCACCUCGGCCAUCCAGUCGCUCCACGCGAAGUACGGCCCGGUGGUCCAAAUCGGGCCGGCUUCUCUUUCGUUCAGCUCUGCCAACUCUCUACGCGACAUCUUCAACCACAGCCCCAAGUUAUCUCGUCCUCGAGGCGAUGCAGAGUUCUUGGAACAAUUCGGUCAUGUUAAUAUGGCAAGCACCCGAUGCGGAGAUCUCCAUUUUCAGAGGCGGAAAGCCGUUGCGGGAGCCUACGCCGCUCCCGUGAUUGCGAGUCCUGCUUGCCAGGCCAUGAUGAAUGAGUUGACCGACCGCUUUAUGGAGAAUUUGCAACAAGGUGCCCAAUCAGAUGGGUGGGUAGAUAUUUGGCCCCAAUUCAGAUGGCUGGCUGCAGAUAUCAUGGCAAGAUUGGUUUAUGGCGACAGCAGUGGGCUGAACCUGCUGGGAGACGAGCAAGGCCAGAGAGAAAUGAUGGAGGAUUUGUUGGGCUCGAAGCUCACGGAAGCGGAUAUUUUCACCCUCGGAGUACUGCUGUCCUCCUGGUUUCCUCGCGUGAAGAAGGGUUUGGAGAGACUGGCUCCAGGUUGGUUCAUCACUACUUCUACGAUGCAUUCGUGGGGCCGAGAGUCGACGGCCAGUGCUGUAAAAGCCAUCGGUGAAACGGAUAGUGUUGUCUCGGCUGCGAAGACACUCGCCGAUUACCUCAGAUUGAACGGUAGCUCGAAGGCUGUUCCAAGCAUCGAGUACAUUCAAAGCGACAACCUGGACAAUUUCCAAGCAGGCUCGCUCACCACACCGGAUACGCUGUCGUGGCUUGUUUACAAACUUUCUCUACCCCAAAACCAUCACCGUCAAGUACGUCUUCGGGAAGAGCUUCAACUAGCAGGUAUUCGGCCGAAUAUUCGAAAAGAGCUGUACGAUCUGAACAAGCUACCGUACCUAGACUGCCUUCUCCGGGAGACACUUCGACGUUAUCCUCCGAUUCCAGGAUCUCUGACACGAGUUGUCCCGGCCGGAGGGAUCACGGUGGAUGGACAUUUCGUUCCGGGUAAUAUGCGUGUUUCCGCUCAACCAGCAAGCGUAAACAUGGACAACUCAGUAUACGACGACCCGAACGACUGGAACCCAGAACGUUGGGACAUACCAAGGAACAGUCCAGAAUACAGGAAGAUGCAAAGGAGUUUUUGGCCUUUCGGCAGUGGACCAAGGAUGUGUGUUGGCAUGAAUGUCGCCUGGGCAGAACUGCGAAUCGUCACUGCGAGAAUCUUCAGCACGUAUGAAACGAAGCUCGCCCAAGACUAUUUUGUCAGGGAUGAAGUAGGAAAUGAAGUGCCCAAGAAGCUGGACGAAGACUCAGAGGAUGAUUUGUUCCCGGCAGGGUGGUUCGAGCCCAUUCAUCUGAAGAAGAUUGUUACUUGA